AUGGUUAUGGGCGGCACUAUUCGGGGCGCCCGCCCGCCCUCACACACAGCUUACUAUGUAGCCUUAGCUGGUGUGGUGGCUUUGCUGCUAUUGCUGUGCUGCUACUUUAUAUACUUCUUCAUAAGGCGUGUUAAAGAGUUAAGUCGCCAAGGCCUACCUGAACGGGUGCAGUCAGUGAGACCACCUCCACCUGGAAGUAUUGCCUAUCCUGUUCAGCCCGUGGUCCGUGCAAGUGCUUCUGCGAUGGCACGUCUGUGUCAAUCCCCUGCCUCCCCAGCCUCGCCUGCUUCACCAAGAGUCAAGAUGUUGUCUCCAAGUAGGGACAGAGCCAUCGCUCAGCGAUCAAGUUCACUUACACCAGCCCAUACUGACACAGUACAUCCUCGGAGUCACACCAAUACUCUACCUCCACCCACAAUUCUCACACCGCGAACAACUCCUAUUAGAAACGGACCAAAAACAAUUCCAGGAAAGAUCGAGCUCGUCUCACCAACACAUAGUUCUAUCGAUAGCAUAUCUCCAAAAUCUCCUUCAAGAAAAGAUUUGUCACUAAAAACCAAGCAAUUGUCUCCAAGGAAGAAAUUACCACCAGUGUACAGAGAGUUGUCGCCAAAAAGAAGAGACUUAUCGCCCGUUUGGAGGGAAUUGUCGAUGCAGAAUACUCCAAUUAAGAAAGAUUUGACGCCUAUGAUGAGAAGGAAACAAAAGACUGGCGACGAGCAGAGGAAACAUUUGUCAGCGCCACCAGAAAUCGUAGUUGGGGAUGCAUAA